CCGUCGCGGCGGACCGGGCUACCUUGGUCCCUCCGCCUUGCCGUCUUUUCCGGCAGUUGGUUCGCUUCCUGUUGUCCUCACCCGCAACGGUUGUUUGGUCCCUAUUCCAGAUCCCGUCACGCGUUCCUUCUUCUCUUGCCGGCCGCUGCAGCCGCCGGGGCUUCGCCUGUUCUCACGUCGAGACCGCUGGCGGGACCGGCGUCUGGGCUGCCCGCAGCCCUGCCUCCCCGGGGAUCUGCAGCCAUGGCAAUGACAGGCUCAACACCUUGCUCAUCCAUGAGUAACCACACAAAGGAAAGGGUGACUAUGACCAAAGUGACACUGGAGAAUUUUUAUAGCAACCUUAUCACUCAACAUGAAGAACGAGAAAUGAGACAAAAGAAGUUAGAAAAAGUGAUGGAAGAAGAAGGCUUAAAAGAUGAAGAGAAACAACUCAGGAGAUCAGCACAUGCUCGGAAGGAAACAGAAUUUCUUCGUUUGAAAAGAACAAGACUUGGAUUAGAAGAUUUUGAGUCCUUAAAAGUAAUAGGCAGAGGAGCAUUUGGUGAGGUGCGGCUUGUUCAGAAGAAAGAUACAGGGCAUGUGUAUGCAAUGAAAAUACUCCGUAAAGCAGAUAUGCUUGAAAAAGAGCAGGUUGGCCACAUUCGUGCGGAGCGUGACAUUCUAGUGGAGGCAGACAGUUUGUGGGUUGUGAAAAUGUUCUAUAGUUUUCAGGAUAAGCUAAACCUCUACCUAAUCAUGGAGUUCCUGCCUGGAGGGGACAUGAUGACCCUGUUGAUGAAAAAAGACACUCUGACAGAAGAGGAGACUCAAUUUUAUAUAGCAGAAACAGUAUUAGCCAUAGACUCCAUUCAUCAGCUUGGAUUCAUCCACAGAGACAUCAAACCAGACAAUCUUCUCCUGGACAGCAAGGGCCAUGUGAAACUUUCUGACUUUGGCCUUUGCACAGGACUGAAAAAAGCACAUAGGACAGAAUUUUAUAGGAAUCUGAACCACAGCCUCCCAAGUGAUUUCACUUUCCAGAAUAUGAAUUCCAAAAGAAAAGCAGAAACCUGGAAGAGAAAUAGACGUCAGCUGGCUUUCUCCACAGUAGGCACUCCUGACUACAUUGCUCCUGAGGUGUUCAUGCAGACCGGGUACAACAAGCUCUGUGAUUGGUGGUCGCUUGGGGUGAUCAUGUAUGAGAUGCUGAUCGGCUACCCACCUUUCUGUUCUGAGACCCCUCAAGAGACAUAUAAGAAGGUGAUGAACUGGAAAGAAACUUUGACUUUUCCUCCAGAAGUUCCCAUCUCUGAGAAAGCCAAGGAUCUAAUUUUGAGAUUCUGCUGUGAAUGGGAACAUAGAAUUGGAGCCCCUGGAGUUGAGGAAAUCAAAAGUAAUUCUUUUUUUGAAGGUGUUGACUGGGAACAUAUCAGAGAAAGACCUGCUGCAAUAUCUAUUGAAAUCAAAAGCAUUGAUGAUACUUCAAACUUUGAUGAGUUUCCAGAAUCUGAUAUUCUUAAGCCAACAGUGGCGACAAGUAAUCACCCCGAGAGUGACUACAAGAACAAAGAUUGGGUCUUCAUCAAUUACACGUACAAGCGCUUUGAAGGCCUAACUGCUCGGGGGGCAAUACCUUCCUACAUGAAAGCAGCAAAAUAGUACUCUUGACAUGGAAUCUUAAAUCGAGCAGAGUUUUUCGUACAACAUCACAGUUUUCCUCUUACACACUUUUGAAAGAGCUUCCAAGAAGUUUUACGGAACUCACCAGUUGUCAUGGUAAAGUGUCCCGAAUUGUGAUAGUAAGUGGAUUCUCUUCCAUGAUGCAUUUGAAAA